AGCACAAGACAGCAGUGGAAACAGGCACUCAAGAGCCUGUGCCAGCAACUCACUUCCCUUCCGUCUGCUCGCUCCACUUGUUGCUAACGAGGCUUUGGGUUUCAAAGCCCGUGAAACACGAGAAUUCUAUCCCGUGGCUGACUCUAAACCUCGGUGACCCACAUUUCUGAAGGUGUUAUCUGGAGAAUCUGGGACGCAAGCAUACACAUCACAGGCCAGUGGAGUUCAGCACAGUUAAUGUUUAAGCCUGGGCUUCGUCUCUCUUUGAAUGAAAGAAGGUUGACACCAUUGCAGCUGGAGAAGAGACCUCACGGAGUCGGACAGGCAGUGCCACCCGGUGGUCACUUCGAAUGCGUGGACCCUGCACCGAGUCUCUGCAGUACGAUGAUUGUAGUGAACGAUAAGAUUCCCGAUGCUCGGAGUGUGGAACCCACGUUGAUUCAGGGGACCGUGCUCGGAGACGAAGGCCCAUCACCGUGUGAUGGAUGCAGCACCUACAGGGCAACUUCUCAUCGAAGAAGCCAAGGCGACAGCCACAGACAAUUCACAAGUCCGCCCGUGAACUGUCACUCCUCGUUUCCAAGGCAGACACCAGAACAGCGCAGCAGCAACAAUAAUGGGAGGGGCAGUCCCUCUGAAUUCUCGGCAAACCACAGCAGAGAGGGUAACCAGUAUUCUGAAGGAGUAGAGAUGAAAAACCACAAAAGGAAGCUGUAUGAUGGAGAGGAAAAUGACAUCAAUUUACCAAAGCUACCAAGGACAACCCAUAGCUCUAGUGCAAGGCUGGAAAAUGGUCACGUACGAUUUCCAAAGGGCACAGAACAACAGGCUAGAAAAGAAACACUAUUACCUGGACAUAAAGAUCCCAAAGGAACGGAGGAGGUGGGACGAGUAGCACAUGAUGGCAGUAGUCAGUCUAAAACUUCUCACCGGGAAGAACAAUAUGGAGGAAACUUGGGUGCCCAGGAGAAUCCAUCCAAGCAUUACCAUAAUGGCAAAAGAGAAUUGAAAUCAAGUUGCUCCACUUAUGAAAAGGGAUUGGCUCAGGGUUCUCUGACAGACAAUGAUAAAGUGUCCCUCCAUAAAAACCCAACAACAUUUCGCGAUCAUCUGGAGGAUCUUGGAAGGGCACCAUUGCUAUUCCCUGUUCAUUCCAUCAGUAAAGCAAGUAGUGGGAACUGGAGAGACACUAAUAGACUAUUUAUUGGGAAAGAAGGUCAAAAAAUGGACGUUCUAAAAGGCCCAUUGCAAUCUUCAUUUGAUUAUCAGGGGUCUCACAGUUCAAAGUUCAAAUCAAAAGAAUCAUUAGGCAUGGCGAACCGUUUGGAUUACAAUGAACUGCCUGCACAUAAGGAGAGGAAUGCCGCAGACGCACUUUGUAAAGGUUCAACUUGUGACAAUGGUCAGAAGUUCGGCUUUCAGCACCCUUCACCCAAAGCCAACAAUGCUGAUGCAUCAAAGAAGACCUUGGUGUUGAACAAGAGUGAUCCAUCUCCUUUGUACAAUGGAUCUGGGGUUCUGGAGGCCACAUGGCACCCAUUCUACUCUGCACCUGCAUCCAGUGAAAUUUCAGGACCUCAACUUGUUUCUUAUGUGACCACGGGUGCAGGAUCAAGCACUUACUCACCUUUACAUGCUCAUUUCCCACACUUCCUCAGUGGCAGCUUACCUGUUGGGCAUCAAUCAUCUCUCUCAUCACUGCUGGCCCUCAAUCCUCAGUUGGACUCGACAUAUGGCAGCAGUCUUGGACCUCUAGCCUCCACUUACAGUUGUUACCAUCCAAAGCACCUCCAAGCCUCCAGCCAGGCCCCACUAACUGCAGCCUACGGGCACCUCAGCCUCUAUCCCACAUUGUGGCAAAAUGUGAACAUUGACAUCCACUCAGGGUCAAGGUUAUCGGCUGGUCAUCAGGGCUAUGUGAAUGGAGAACCCACCUUUAAUAUGGGCUUUCCCAACCCAUGGCCUUUACAUCAAUCUCAGAAAAGUGUUGCCGAUGGCCAACCAGAACUGGGCCAAUAUUCCAGCUUGUCCAACACUAAGGAGCUUGCAGCAUCUUCUGGUCUGAAAGCGAAUUCCACUUAUGUUUACAAAGGAGAUGUCAAUGGCACCAGGAUGUAUGGGCAUUUUUUACAUCCCUUUCCACACGGUUUGGGGAAAGUUGAGGUCCAAAAUGCUCCAUGUUCUAAAGUUGGCAUGCAGCCAAUUCCAGAAGAGCAGCUGUAUAAAGAGGUUGCCUUCAAACAGGACCUAGAAUCUGAUGGCCCCGCUGAAGCACACAACGGUAAAAGGGACAAUACAAGUAUAAUAGCAGAGGCAACAGAUGGGAAGCCGCUCUCACUGGUCUUGAGGAAAGAGCAGAAGACCAAAUCUGGAGAACCUCCUCUGGUAUCUCCAAAUCUCAGGCCAGCUUCUAGCAGUAAAGAAUCGUCCACAUCAUCUUCAGGCUUCACAUUAUUGAAUCACUCUCCUGAUUUUUCCAGGAAAAUGGGAUCUACCACUCAACAUCAGCAGCUCAUCAUUGAUGAGAACCAAAGGGGUCUAACGUUGGAAACAACUUCCUCGUACUCAGCUGUUAAUGGUGCCAGUCUACAGCAUCCUCCUUUUCAUAGAUCACCAAGGGAAUCUGGGCCAAAGGUGAAAGAUCAGUACAUCCAAUAUCAAUCACCACUUACAUUGCUUCCAGUUAAUUCAUCAGACAACAAAAAUAACUUUCGAGACUUGAGUCAUGGACACUUUGAACAGAAAAAUGAUGUGCCUAAUGUCUUAGCCUUACCUCUCUCCCUUGCUACAUCUAUGGAGGUACACCAUCCCAGUCAACUCCCCUUGAUAAUGCCAAUGUCUAAGCCUCCUGACAUAACUAAAAUUCUGUCACUGAUUCCAAAGGAUAUUGCAAACAAAGAUUCCAAUGGGAAUUCCAAACAUGGAAGACUGGAAACUGAGAAAACAAAUCACCUUCUUGGUAUUCAUAACAAGGUUUCUGUUCAUAAUCAAAUACCUUCUACACCCUGCCUUCCAGCUGCCGAGAAGCAAAUUACAGUUGUACCACAGAUGGAAUUGGGUGGGAAGAUAGGGCAAGGCACAUACUCUACAAUUACGUGUAUUGACAACAGACAUCAGGAGACAAACAUUGACUGCAAUCCUUCCAAUAAAGAACAUUGCUCCAACUCGCCAACCCCCAUGCCGAGCAGUCAGGGUUUGGCUGAACAUACUUAUAAUUUGUCUCCCUUAAAAGGUACAGUAAAUACCAAAAGAAUUUUGCAGGUAACCAAUGCCCCUGAUUACUACACGCCCAAAAAGUACAAGGCAGCCAGGGCAGCUACCCCUUGUCCCAUGAAACUCGCCAAUGAGAGCCCGACUUCUGUUGGGGAAAUUCAAACUAUCGAUGUGAAAAGGGACACAAAUUCGCCUAAAGUGCCCUCAGCCAAUGUCUCUCCAGUGAAGCCUGCAUCUGGUCAAGAUGCUUUCAAUGCAAGUUUAUCUUUACAGUCCAACUCGCACAAUUACCACACAAAGCUAAAGAAGGCUUGGCUCACACGACAUUCUGAGCAAGAUACCAUGAAGGAUCAACAUGGCAAGGAUGUUAAUGGUACAGCUUCAGGGCAGUCUGUUUCCAAAAGGCAAGGGGCAGAGCCUGCAGUCCUGGCUAGUAACUCAAAGCAGCCUGAAGAAAGUGAGAGGGACCCGUCAGCCAAGAGAAACAGUGACUGUGAGCGUGGUGACUUGGCGGAGAGCAGACACUGGCUCAGGGCAAGGCGAGAAGCCAAGCUCAACAACCAGCACAAGUCAGGCCAAGACUUGGGGGAGAAGGUGGUGAAAAAUAACAGCAAGACAAAGGAAGAGGAAGACCUGAAAGGAACCAGAAAACUGGAGAAUGAAAAUAGCAACAAGCAGAAUGAUCGAUUGGACGUGCCAGCCUCCAAAGAGCCCCCAAAGCCAACACUUCUCAAGGGUUCAGGAGAAUCUUUCCUCCAGGACGUCCCGUGCACUGAACUUUUCACAAACAUCCCUCGUUGCCGAGAUUGCUGGCCAAGUCGCAGUAGAAAGGGACAAGAAUCACCUCCAUUGUCCUGUUUUUGCAGGUUCAUGCAUCUCCGCAGGCUGUCCGUUGGUCGAAAUGGAGGACUGAAGGUUGAAGGUUUCUCCACAGAGGACCAGAUCAAUGAAGAAACCCCGAUGGAGUCAUCUACCAGUGCAGCAGAGACUGGUCUGGACUCCGACACUUCAGCCUACAUCUUGGGGCACGUGGGCGACCUUUUUUGUGGCCUCAUGCUGUCUGAGCGAGGACUGCUCGAGAGGGUUGCCAAAAGCUACGAUGGGGCCAUUGCUUGCAAGGCACCAAAUGGAGAGAAAGAAGAAAGGUGUGAUAGCUGUCACUCUGUGGUGUUCAACCUUCACUGGGUCUGCCCACGCUGCGGCUUUUUUGUUUGCAUGGACUGUUACAACCUGAAGCAGAAAAAAAACACGAGGAACGAGAAAGAGAGGGGUGAAGACUUCACAGCAUGGCUGAAAUGUGCUAAGGGACACAAUCAUGACAUAAAGAGCCUGCGGCCAACACAGCUGGUUCCUAACACCGCAUUGGUCAGCCUAUGUGAGAAGAUGCACAGAGGCAAGAGUAGACUAGGCAUCAAAUCAAAUUGCACUUGUGUCGAUGGAGAUAAGAACCGGGUUAACAAAGCAGCUGCGGUGAACAAGAGUCCGAAGCCACAGGCAGAGGCCAAAGUGGAAUGGACAAACUCCCCGACGUCUGGAGAUAAGUCUGCUAAAACCAGGUCAACGUAUGAGCACAGCCGAGGGUCCAACAGCAACCACUCCUGUUCCCAGUCACCUCUGCACUGGCUGGCAGAACUAGCUACACGCAAGGCGAAAGAGGAAGCAAAUGAAGCAGAAGAAGUACCAGAUGAUAGACCCAGAAGCACAUCCUCGAUACGCCCUGCAGACCAGGAGUCUAAGUCAGUCGAACACUGCUCAACACUGUGUGACCUGCUCACCACCACAGCGGGUAAACUGCGCUUGGGAUCCACAGAUGCUGGCAUCGCAUUCGCUCCAGUCUACACAACAUUAAACAGUUGCAACAUGGCAUCACGGAGCAUGCCAAGCAUUCUGGAUGACAUCAUUGCGUCAGUGGUGGAGAAGAAAAUUCCAAUCACCAAAACACCAAGGCAGAGCACGGAAGAUCAGCCAGGGAAAAUGUCUCAAGAUAAAGAAUCUGAUCCAGUCCCCAUUCAAAACCAAGAACAGAGCUCCGCCAUCCAUUAUUCGUGGCUUGCCAAAGGGACUUAUCCAUGGAUACAGGAUCCCACUAACAAGAAUAACUGGAAAUUCUUCCAGGAAUACUGGAUAAAAGGGCUGCCUGUGCUGGUGUCUGGGGUCCUGACAGCUACAGACAGCAACUCCUGGGGGCCCGAGUGCUUGAGGCAGGACCUGGGAGAGCAAAGUGUGAGCUUGGUCAACUGCAGGGACCACUCCGUCCUGACCAGAGCGAGGAGCAAGGAGUUCUGGGAAGGAUUCAAGACCAACUCCAACUGCCACAGGCUGAAGGGUAGAAGCUCGAAGAUCUUGCGGUUAGAUUACUGUGCUUCAGAAAAGGAGUUCAGUGAACAGAUGCCUGCUCAGUUCGAAGAGCUGCACAGACACUUGCCGUUACCGGAAUACACCAGGAAUGACGGAAAACUGAACCUUGUGUCCCGAUUCCCAGAAGAGACUGCCAAGUCACAACUGGAGCUGAGGGUGUGCAGUGUGUAUGGCCUGAGUCUGGAUGAUGGCAAUAAAGGAAGCACCAGUCUCCACCUGGAACUGACUGACACACUUCACAUCCUGGUUCACGUAGAGCCCCCAAAGGAAGACCGGGACACUCUGGAGAAAGCAGUUCUUGCCAGCCUGGAGAGAGACACGGUGGAUGAUGCAGUAAUAAAGCGACUGAGGGACCCAAAUGAGAGGCCUGGAGCUCUCUGGCACAUCUAUACCAGCCAGGACACAGAGAGGAUAAAGGAAUUUUUACAGAAGGUGGUGAAGGAAGGCGAUGCAGAAGGUCAGGAUCAAGUCCCCAUUCAGAGCUGUUACCUGGAUCAGAGCCUGCGGACAAGACUUCUUGAGGAAAGUGGAAUCCGUGGCAGGGCUGUGUUGCAGUUUAGGGGUGAUGCAGUCCUUAUUCCCACUGCAACCACCUAUCAGGUGCAGUACUUCACCAGUUGUAUCUCCGUCACUAAGCAGUUCGUCUCACCAGAGCACAUCAAACACUCGUUCACAUCAUGGGCACUCACAAGGGAGAACAAGCCUCUGAUGCAACAUACACACAAGCUACAGAUGAAGAGCAUCCUCUAUGACACUGUGAAAGACUGUGUGGAGACGCUGGCAGCUACAUCACUGGGCUGAGAACUGCAGCCUGUGGGAUGCACUGAAAUUGAAAAAUGACAAUAAAAUGAAUGAAGUUUUGUAAUAUAACACCUCUGGACAUCAUCAGUUCUUCCUCCAUCUCUGUUAAUUAUACUCUGUCAAAAGGUACAAGGAACGGGGUGAAUUGUAUUAAUUGGAUACCAUGAGGAAGAACCAAAUGCCAUUUUGCAAGGCAGUAAAGCGGCAAUUCGCAAAUCCAUUCUGACUCGGGAGGUGAAAGCCGUGUUUCUCAGUGGACAGGUCAGAGGAGCCUGUUGCCAAUGCAGUGUUCCAACUGGAGUGUGAUAUGGCCUUCUCGCACCAGAGGGUGCUCACAAGCAAGACCCAGACCUAUCGUUCCUGCAACUCUGCAUCCCAAGUUCCAUUCCAGUCCUCCCAUUUUCCCAUCACCUACUAUGCCACUACUACCUUCACACUUCACCCACCGGCUCCCCUUCCCCAUCUGCCCUUUACCUCUCCC